AUGAAAGCAUUAAGGACACAAUGCGAUUCAAACCCGGGUGCCGUGCGUGUCAGCCCAGUAUUCAACCAGUUAGCCACGCCGGUGCUAGGGCAUCCAUUGCAAAUCGGCCCCAGGAGCCUGUCAACACGUCCACCGGCACGGCAGCCGCCUUCUUACCCGCCACCUUCAGGACCGCCAGCCAGGCCACCAGCAACACCACGGCCAGCAACCAGGCGCCCGGGCCCUGCUUACACUCCACCCCCCGGAGCUGCUUCCCCUGAAGCUCCUUUCCCAUCUUUCCCUCCUGCCCCGCAGCAACCUCCUUACCAGCCACCCCCUUUCCAGCCACCUGCUGCAACACCGGCACCACCCAGACGUCCUUCACCCACACCUGCUCCUCCUUUUGCUACUGGACCUCCGACACGAAGGCCUUUCCCCACAUACCCUCCAGCAGGGCCACCUCAACAGCAAUCUCCACCAGCCUAUCCACCAGCGUCCUAUCCACCAGGGGCACCUGCACCACCGUCGUACCCAGCCCCAUUGCCGCCGUCGUACCCGGCUCCAGCGCCGCCGUCGUACCCGGCUCCAGCACCACCGUCGUUCCCGGCUCUAGCACCACCGUCGUACCCAGCUCCAGCACCACCAUCGUACCCAGCUCCAGCACCGCCAUCGUACCCGGCUCCGGCACCGCCGUCAUACCCGGCCCCAGCACCACGUCCUACACCAACACCGACGCCUCCCUCUCCACCCCCACCACGCAGGCCACCCGUUCAACCAACACCCUUUCCAAGACCACCUGCACCAGCAGCGCCUCCGCAAUAUCAGCCUGCCCCACCCGUGUACCAGCCACCACCACCCCCGCCAGCUCCAAGGCCUCCAGUUAGACCACCCCCUGCAUACCAGCCACCUCCCCCUGCACCAAGGCCACCACCCCCACCACCUGCCCCUAGGCCACCACCGGUAUACCAGCCACCACCCCCUGCUCCACGACCACUACCUCCUCCUCCCACCCCAAGGCCACCACCUCCUCGGCCAGUUCCAAGGCCUCCAGCUAGGCCACCACCCGCAUACCAGCCGCCUGCUCCGGUACCCAGACCACCCCCACCUCCCCCCGUUCCAAGGCCACCACCUCCUCCACCGGCCCCAAGGCCUCCAGCAAGGCCACCACCAUCAUACCAGCCACCAGCUCCAGUACCUAGGCCGCGACCUCCUCCACCGGCUCCAAGGCCACCAGCUAGGCCACCACCAACAUACCAGCCACCACCUCCGGUUCCCAGACCACCACCUCCUCCACCGACUCUAAGGCCUCCACCAAGGCAACCACCAACAUACCAGCCACCACCUCCAGCCCCGAGGCCACCACCUCCUCCCCCAGUUCCAAGGCCACCACCUCCAUCUUAUCAACCCCCACCUCCUGCUUAUCAACCCCCACCUCCACCUCCGGCGCCUGCCCCUCCUCAAAGGCCAACGUCUCCCGCACCAAGGCCACCUCCUCCCUUCCGGCCUGCACCACCACCUCCUGCUCCUAGGCCCCAACCACCACGCCCCGUGCCAAGGCCUCAACCUCCACGCCGGCCCCCACCAGCUUACGUGCCUGAACCUGGCCCUGGUCCCGGUCCCGCCCCUCGUCCGGAUCCUAGGCCCGUUCUACAACCCGGCCCCUCUCCAAGACCAGGAUUCGGUCCAGGACCUGGAGUAGAGGUGUACCAGCCCCCAGCUGUCUACAUACCAUCGACUGUGUAUGUGCCACCUGUCAUACCGGCCCACGCACCACCGCCCUCGUAUCCACCUCCACCACCUGCUGCUGCAGUCCCAUCACCACCGCCUCGUCCUCGACCUCCUACGAGACCCCCACCAUCAUAUACACCACCACCAGUUCCUCCGGCACCCGUACCACAACCCCCUGCACCAAGGCCUCUACCACCCCCGCCACCUCAGAGACCUCCGCCCCCUCCUUCUUUUAGGCCACCACCAGCAUACACACCUCCAAAGGAACCUCAAGGACCCAGACUACCUCCGCCCCCUCCUCAAGCUCCAAGACCACCUCCGGCACUACCACGACCAGAAACCCCCCGUCCUUCACCUCCUUCACCAAGGCCCCUGCCCCCCAGGCCAAUUCCACCUUACCAGCCACCUUCGCCUGGCCUUACUGCCCCGCCAUCUCCAGGCAGAAGACCUCCGACAGAAUACAUACCUUCUGGAGGACCACCGCAAGAGAAUCGUCCACCGGAUGACGAUUUGUUCCUAGUUGUGUUGCUUCCGAACGAAGGCGGAGGUGAUGGUCCUUCGCCCUCCGUGGACGAAGACGAGCAGCCGUACGACCUGCCGCCACAGCGAGCCCCGCCACCUCAAAGGCGACCGCCCUCUGGGCCUCCCGGACCGCUGGGUCCUGCAAGACCUCCUCCGGGAGUGGGCUAUCCCGCUGAGCCUCCAACUGGCCCUCCAGUCGUGGUACCUCGACCCGACAGACCCGGUCCGGAUGGCGGUUUCCCGCCCUGCAAAGUUCAAGGGGAGAACUUCUGCGUCCUCACGAACGACUACCCAUCCGACUACGUGGGCAGGAUGGUGGAGCGUGACCUGAAGAAGAUCAAAAUCAUGUACGAGGAGCUGCAGACCGUGGGUGACCCCGAGCUUUUCCCUAACCACCUGGGCACCAGCUCCGCCGCCCGCGGAGCCUUCGCCUGCGAGACAGACGCAAAGACAAUGCGACCUGGCUGGGCCAGGGACGCCAUAUCUGGGGAGUGGAUGCUCGUCAUCAACACGGAUGCCUUUCCGCAGAAAGUGCGCACAGAAAGCUGCAGGAAACCAGACGAGCCAUGCUCUUUCAUCGCUCCGUUCUACGAGUCGACAUGCCAGCAGCGUUACAGCUUACAUCGACUGCUUGCGCUACACCCGUGGAACCCCGAGAAGAGUCCGCAGGUGACGCUCUUCAAGUUUCCCGCCGGCUGCUCGUGCCGUGUGGACGCCAGUGGAGGCGCCUCUCAGCCGCAGUCGUACAAGAAAUGAGAAGCCAUGCCUGCGCAUCCUUGUCUCUUUCUUCCUGAAUAGCUCAAAUAAGUUUGCUACGCAUAACAGAACUUCAAGCAAAGAAUGUGGGCAUUCUCGAUUUCCUUCACUAACAUUUGUGUAUACGAUGGGCGGGCGCAUUAGCCUGGAGAGAGCAUUGUCACAGUGAGAAGCGUUCUCAUGCACAGCUCAGAAUACUUCAAAGAUUAGCUCGGUUUUCGAGAGCAGUCGUAACUAUUGCAAGCACUUCGUAAUCCUGCUGUAAGAACAGCACACGGCUCAAUAGUAGUGUAAAGCUGAACGCAAGUUCGGUUUUGUCAAUCAGUUUCUACAUAUGCACGAUUAAUAACCACCGUAGUUUAGUAAGUGGGAUCAACGAAGCCCUUCAUUAUUGCAGGGAAGUAUUUUGCUCACAAGCUAAUGAGUUUACUAUUUCAACGAUCCAAGAAAUUCUCAUGUACGCAUUAACAAGCUGUCACAAGUGAACGCCGGUAGUUAAGACCCGUUACACAAUAAACCUUGGCGAUGCCUAGCUUUCACAUUCCAAGCAAAACCGCUCCAGCCUAAUAACGGCUCACAUUUCAGUGCUACCAUUGCUGGCAACAUUUUGUCCCUUAUCUGGCAAGGCGAAAAUUUUAUAUGCAUUCACUAUAAUCAACACGAACUGUUAUAGCUGGACAUGUACGUCGAUACCAUGUACGGAGCUUUUUUCCUCCGCGAAGAGCCAUGCGUUCCCUGUGCUAGAUCUUAUGGGCCUUUGUACUAUCCAAAAAUUUAAUGUAGAGUUCCUUCCUGUUCUCCUUCUUUGUAACGAGCAGCUUUCGUCCUAACUGGGGGACGCCGUGACAUGAUAGAAACCGACUGGGGUCUAAUGCCUCGAACUCGCGCCGCUGUGAGCCAGCACGAAACUAUUUGCGUCCGAUUCCAUGCGCAUUCACAGCCACUCACCUCGUUGUGCAUUCCAAGAGGCAGAAGGACAACAAUACGAGUCUAGGCUGAUGCUGGCACCAGAGGCAAAAAUAAUUUUAAAAAACGGAACACGCUGAAGCCACAGUUACCGCACUCAUUUAGUUUUACUGUUCUGCGAGUGCAUUAUCCCCUUCGCGUUUCUAUAGAGCCCACGCGAAUUGCGACGUCCCCCUGCGUCGUGCCUUCCUAUGCCCCAACGCUCCUUUUACUGCAGUUUUAAUACUGUAUUCGGCGGACAUCAGAAGGCCCUUUCCAACGGUGUUCACAGAAGGAUGCGAGUGACCUAUGAAUGUAUUUUUUUUUCUUUCUGAGCAGCCUUGCAAAGUCGCAUAAAAUAAACAAUUUCACAA